CCUGAAACAGCAUCAGUGCUUCAUAUUUGAACCAUCUACUCAGACUGUAUCUCCCCUUUCUGCCUCUACUGAUGGCAUGUGUCAGACAACACAUAGAAUAAUGGAUUCUCUUACAGUCUCUACCAUGUGGGGGAUGCUAGGACAAAACAAAAGUUGGGUUUCUGAGUUCAUCCUGCUUGGCUUCUCCAGUGACCCCACAACCAACAGCAUCCUCUUCAUUGUCUUCCUUCUCAUCUACCUGAGUACAGUCCUGGGCAACGGGCUCAUCAUCAUGCUGGUCUGCCUGGACACACAGCUGCACACACCCAUGUACUUCUUCCUCUGUACCCUCUCCCUGUUUGAUAUGAGCUAUGUCACCACGACCAUGCCCCAGAUGUUGGUGCAUCUACUUGCGCACUCUCAGACCAUCUCCUUUGCUGGCUGCUGGCUGCAGAUGUAUGUGUUCGGUGCCCUAGGUAUAACUGAGUGCACCUUCUUUGUUGUCAUGGCUUAUGACCGGUAUGUGGCCAUUUGCUAUCCACUGCACUAUACUGUCAUCCUCAACUGGAACCUGUGCAUACGCUUGGCAGCAGGGUCUUGGAUCUGUGGUUUCCUUUCCUCUCUAUUGAAUACUUUCUUCACCAUGAGUCUGCCAUAUUGUGGACCCAACAGGGUCAACCACUACUUGUGUGAAGGUCCUUCAGUGCGGAGCCUGGCUUGCAUGGAUACCCACAUUCUUGAGGUGGUAGACUUGGUCUUGAGUGUCAUUUUGGUUAUUAUUCCAAUUUCCCUCAUUGUGGCUUCCUACGUUCAUAUUGCCAAGGCAAUUCUCAAGAUCAAGUCCACACAGGGGCGCUGCAAGGCUUUCUCUACCUGUGCCUCCCACCUGACUGUGGUCACACUCUUCUAUAUUCCUGCUACUUACAUCUACAUGAGACCCAACUCCAGCAGCUCUCCUGAAAGAGACAAGCAGCUCUCACUCUUUUAUACUGCUUUUACACCAUUGCUCAACCCUGUGGUCUACAGUCUGAGAAACAAAGACAUCAAGAGGGCAUUUGUCAAGGUGAUGUUUUAUGGCAGGUGGACCGGUGGACCACAAUGGUGAAUUCUUAGAUAAACUUUGGAUAAAAUGUUCUUUGUUUAAAAAGAGACAGUG